AUGAACGCCAGCGAUCCACGGGUGGGUUCGAGUCGCGACGGAGAACAAGCGCCCAAUGCCACAAGAUUGAGCGCCGGCAUCAAUUCCCCUUCCCUGGCCACCCUCGUCGCAACAGUCCUGCCAACUUUGGCAUUCACCACAAUCUGUAUACUCAUAUUCCUGACUCUGCGCGCAAGAUGCCAGCGAGUAUAUUCGCCAAGGACGACGUUGAAAAGUCUAGAUCCUCACGAGCGAGGCUCACCAUUAUCCAAAGGCAUCUUCAAAUGGUUUCGCCAACUCCGGCAAACUCCCGACAGCUUCAUUCUCAACCACGGCAGUAUUGAUGGCUUCCUCUUCUUGCGCUUCCUCAAGAUACUCAUCCUUAUCUUCGGAGUGGGCUGCGCCAUUGCUUCACCAGUCCUCUUGCCAAUCCACGCGAUCGGGAACGGCGGCAACAAUGGUCUCGACAUUCUCACGAUGGGCAACAUCACGGACAAGACCUAUUAUUACGCUCAUGCUGCCGUAGCUUGGGCGUACUUCGGCUUCAUCUUGUAUAUCGUCACCCGCGAAAGCAUAUUUUGCAUCCACCUUCGCCAUGUGUGUUUGACUUCGCCUUUCUAUGCGGAUCGCCUCUCAGCUCGAACAGUACUAGUUACUAGUCUGCCACAUGAUUACCUGCAUGAGUCGACACUGCAGAAGAUAUUUGGCGGAACUGUGAAGCGAGUUUGGAUACCUCGACACACUGAUGACUUGCAAGAUCUGGUCAACGAACGUCAACAGACAGCCGCUCGUCUCGAGAAAGCAGAGCUCAGACUGAUAACCAUCGCCAACACCGCUAGGUCUAAAGCGUUGGGACUGAAGUCGAAUCGCAAGGUCGCACCCAGCAAGGAAGAGAAGCAAGCUCAGUCGACUGGCUUGUACAUUUCCGGCAAGGACGAGGAGUCCCCACCAGUGUCACUCAUACCUUUACCAGAUGUAAGCGGAUCGGUUGCUGCGCAGUGGAUCACACACAGCUCAAGGCCAGUACAUCGACCUCUGGCAAAUGCUGCCAGACGAGUCGACACAAUCAAAUGGACUCGGAAUCGACUCAAGGCGCUUGCGAAACGAAUUCUCAAGGAGCGGCUGGCGUUGCUCCAGUCGCCCGACAAGGCCGUCAUGCCAGCCGCAUUUAUCGAGUUUGCCACACAAGCCGACGCCCAGAUUGCUUGUCAGACGCUCUCUUAUCACCAGCCAUUGUAUAUGGCUGAACGACUUGCCGGCGUCAGACCGUACGAGGUUGUCUGGUCUUCCUUGACGCUGAGUCAAUUAGGAAGGAUGUGCCGCAAAUUUGCUAUGCAAGCUUUUGUCGCGGUCCUGGUCAUCUUCUGGGCCAUUCCUUGUGCUUUCGUCGGCAUGGUCUCCAAUAUCGAGAGCCUGUCCUACAAGAUCUCUUUCUUGGGCUGGAUUCGGGAUCUUCCAAGUCCGAUCCUUGGCGUCUUGACUGGUCUCGUUCCUGCGCUAGCUCUAGCCUGGGUCAUGAGCAUCGUACCCUGGAUCCUGCGCAUGUGUGCCAAGGUGGCAGGGACACCAACCCUCUCAAUGGUCGAGGUGUAUACACAGAAGGCAUACAUCAUCUUCCAAAUUGUUCAGGUCUUCCUCGUCACAACGCUGACAUCUGCUGUUUCAGCAGCGCUCACCCAGAUCUUGGAGAAUCCGAUGUCUGCUACAACACUGCUCAGUCAGAAUCUACCGAAAUCUUCGAACUUCUACAUCUCGUACAUCCUGGUACAAUGUCUUGUCCUUGGUGCCGCGAAUCUGGUGCGCUUCUUCGAUAUUCUGCGAUACCAAAUAUUCCCCAGACUACCGCACGACCAUCGAAAGCGAUACAAUAUUCUCCACGUCUACAACACCGAAGUCGACACCCGAGGAUUGCUGUACCCUGCCGCACUCAUGCAGCUGAUAUGGGGUUUGUAUUUGGCCGAGGUAUGCCUCAUCGGCCUGUUCUCCCUUCAAGCUGCUGCUGGCCCAAUCGGAAUGACUGUCGCCCUUCUCGUUGUCACCAUACUCGUUCAUCGCGCACUGCUCGAAUCGCUAGGUCCGUUGCUUUUUGACUUGCCGAAGUCACUUGCCGGGUCAGGCACCGCUGGUCUGAACGGACAACCGGUCGAUCCCUUCAGUCAAGCGAUUGCUGAGCAUCACCAUGAUCUCGACCCUUCGACCGGGCGGACGACCUCGUCAGAACAUCCGCUGUUCGCUGACAUCGCUGAAGAUGACGGGCCAGAGCACUUGCCAGGCGCGCCACGAGGAGGUGGUGGCGGUGGACAUUCGAUCAAAAGAUCGUCCAACAGCACUUAUAGGUAUACUAUCGCCGGCUCGGCCUCCCAAAAAGAAGAUCACGGCAUUCAGCAGCCGUCAGGUGGGAGCCCACUGGCGCAAAACAACCCGGAACUCGAAGGGUUGGACAGUGAGGACGAUGAGGAAAGGCGAUCGGGUCAAGAAGCCAUCCGCAGUGGCAUGCCCACUACCGACCCGUCCGUGUCCUCUCCUUUCCGCCUCGAAGGCCUCAUGCCAAUUCUCAAAACCUUCUCCUCUGCCGGCUCAAAGAUGAUGUCGGCCAAGUUCCACCCCUACCGGACAAGCUUCAACAGUACUCUAUCUCCACUUACCAGCCACCGCCGCUUCCUGUCAUUCCGAAAGGUGCUUGCUUCCCUCUCACCACUUCACUACGCCUCACUCAACUCUCCCAUCCCAGACCUCAUAGCUCAGCUUCGCGACCUCGACCCUCCACAGUAUUCAAAAGAGCUCUAUGAGGUCAUCUACCUACAUCCAAGCAUGUAUGCACCAGCGCCGAGAAUCUGGGUGCCGCGAGAUCAGGGCGGAGUUAGCAAGCAAGAGGUGGACCACAAUAAUCGCCUUGGACGAGGCGUCGUGGAGUGUUCGGAUGAGGGUUGGGACAUCAGUGAGCAGGGGAAGUUGUGGAGAAACCUGGGUGAGAGCAGCGGCGUGAGUUGUUGGUGGAGGGAUGGCAACGCAGGCUACAGGGGAAGAUGGUGA